GUCUGCACCCCGUGGCGCGACUCUGGAUUCCUGCGCUGACCACGCUCGCGUUACUCUGGUCACCCGGCGCGCGAGGGGAGGCCGUCUGCUGGGGUCAUGGAUUUUGAGAAUCUUUUCUCAAAACCCCCCAACCCCGCCCUCGGCAAAAAACCGCUCCCGGACGCUGAGGAAAGAAUCGAUGAUGAAAUAGAUGAUACAGAAGUUGAAGAAACACAAGAAGAGAAAAUAAAAUGGGAAGUAAAACUGGAGUGUGAGCAAAUUCCCAAAAAAUUUAGGCAUUCUGGAAACUCCACGUCACCAAAGGCUUUGCUGCGUAGAAAAUCAAGGAGUAAGGACUAUGAUUCAUACAGUGAUAAUGAUGUCUGCAGCCUGGAACCGGAGGACAAUUUUGCCAAAGAGCUUCAGCAGUACAUAAAAGCUAAAGAGAUGGCAAAUGCCACUCAGCCCCCACCAUUUUCUGAAGAAUCUACAAAGAAAGAAGGAGCCAAAGAUAGCCAGCAGGCUGCUAAAUCAAAAAACAAAAACCUUAAAGCUGGUCACAAACAUGGUAAACAGAAGAAAAUGAAACGAAAAUGGCCUGGCCCUGGAAACAAAGGCCCAAAUGCCUUACCAAGAAACAGCAGCUCACAGAAAGAGGAAGAUCAACCUAAAGAGAAGAAGCAGCAUGUGAGAAUGAGUCAGGGAUUCAUCAACCAACAUACAGUGGAACGAAAGGGAAAACAAAUCUGCAAAUAUUUUCUUGAAAGGAAAUGUAUUAAGGGAGACCAGUGUAAAUUUGAUCAUGAUGCAGAGAUAGAAAAGAAAAAGGAAAUGUGUAAGUUUUAUGUACAGGGUUAUUGUACCAGAGGAGAAAACUGUCUAUAUUUGCAUAAUGAAUAUCCUUGCAAGUUUUACCACACAGGAACAAAAUGUUAUCAGGGAGAAUAUUGCAAGUUUUCACAUGCUCCACUUACUGCUGAAACACAGGAACUGUUGGCUAAAGUUUUGGAUAGUGAAAAGAAGUCAUGCAAAUGAAAUAGACAUAGAAAGCUUGUACAAAUGGAGAAUGCUUACCCUGUGCCUGUUCAAGACUGGUGGUCUGGAGUAGUUUACAAGAUUCCUCAUCCAGAGCACCCUCUUGUGUCAUCGUGAUGGUUCAGUUUCUUUAGUGGGUGGUGCAGAGGGACAGAAUCUAAUGCACCAGAGGAGGGGUCGGUCUUCACAGGGAUGCUCCGGCUGUUGGCGCAGCAGAGGAGCAUGCAUGGCAGAUAUGCUGACUGCUGGGCAAGCGUUGUGAUAAAUCACAGAAGUCUUCUGAUUGAUUGAGAUUUCUCAAUACAGUAGGAAGCGAAGUUAGUCUGAGUGAAGAUGGAUAAAGAAUAAAGGAGGUUUGAGAAUAGAAAAUUGUUAGGAAUGCAUUGAGAUAACAAAAAUAGUUCUCUAUGUCAGUAAAUACUUUGCAGUGUACUUUUAAUGAUCACUCACAGUUCCACUUUAAAUAAAGUACGAUUCUAUGAUUUUUUUAAACCAA